CUCGACCGAUCCAAGAUGGCGGCGCCACCGCUCAUUAACGCCCUAGGCAGUAGCGGUCACGUGGGGUCUAUGGAUUUUCGCCUGUUUUAUUGUGGAAGGGUCGGCCCGGAUGCUGGGGUGACGCAGCGCUCUCCGGUUGUGUUGCGGCGGCGAGUCUGUCUUCAGUCUCUCGCUGCCGUCGGACACAUCGGAAUGAUGGACCCCUGCUCCUUCACCUGUUUCUCCAGGUGUUCCACCAAACACCUGAACCUGUUCCUGCACGUGGACUUCGAUGAGCGCGUGAUCAGAGGAAAAGUGCAGUUGACGGUGGAAGCACUCGAGGACCGCUUCUCUGUUCUGACUUUGGACACCAGAGACCUGAACAUCAAGACUGUGUCUGUCAACCAGCAGCCAGCCCGCUUUGCUCUGGGAGACAAGCACAGCUUCAAGGGGACACCACUGGACAUCACGCUGCCCUUUGACCUGUCCAGGGGCCAGCAUGUCAUCGUGGAGGUCACCUACCAAACGUCUCCAUCAGCAUCGGCACUGCAGUGGCUCUCACCUGAGCAGACCGCCGGGAAGGAACAGCCAUACCUGUUCAGCCAGUGUCAGGCGCACCACUGCAGGAGCAUGAUCCCCUGUCAGGACAGUCCUUCCAUCAAACACACCUACUACGCCCAGGUGUCUGUCCCCAAGGACUUGGUGGCGGUGAUGAGUGCUGUGAGAGACGGGCAGAAGGUAGAUCCUCAGGACAGUGGUCGGAUCAUCUACAAGUUCAGACAGCCAGUACCCAUGCCUUCCUACCUGAUCGCCAUCGUGGUUGGAGCUCUGGAGAGCAGGCAGAUUGGCCCGAGGUCCAGAGUCUGGUGUGAGAAGGAGUUUGUGGAUAAAGCAGCGUUUGAGUUUUCUGAGACGGAGACCAUGCUGAAGACAGCAGAGGACCUGGCCGGGCCGUAUGUGUGGGGUCAGUACGACAUCCUGGUUCUGCCCCCCUCCUUUCCAUACGGGGGCAUGGAGAACCCCUGUCUCACUUUUGCCACGCCCACUCUGCUGGCUGGAGACAGGUCUCUGUCUAACGUGAUCGCCCACGAGAUCUCCCACAGCUGGACCGGCAACCUGGUGACAAACAAGACCUGGGAACACUUCUGGCUGAACGAGGGUCACACGGUCUACCUGGAGAGGAUGAUAGGCAGGUGUAUGGAAGGGGAACCCUUCAGACAGUUUAAAGCCAUGGGGGGCUGGAAGGAGCUGCAGGACUCGGUGAACACUUUUGGAGCCAACAACCCUUUGACCAACCUGGUCCCCAGUCUGCAGGACGUGGAUCCAGAUGACGCCUUCUCCUCGGUCCCGUAUGAGAAGGGCUUUGCUCUGCUGUACCACCUGGAGGAGCUUAUGGGAGGACCAGAGGUCUUCAUGGGUUUUGUGAAGUCCUACAUUCAGCUCUUCGCCUACAGCAGCGUCACCACGGAUGACUGGAAGAACUACCUUUUCUCCUACUUUAAGAAUAAGGUGGAUGUUCUGAACCAAGUGGACUGGAAUGCCUGGAUGUUUACUCCUGGGAUGCCACCUGUCCAACCUCAGUAUGAUACAACGCUGGCCGACACCUGCAUCGCUCUGAGUCAGAGGUGGCUCCAGGCCAAAGAGCAGGACCUGAGCAGCUUCCAGGAGUCGGACGUGGCCGCGCUGUCGUCCCAUCAGCUGAUCGAGUUCCUGUCGCUGCUGCUCCAGGGGGACCCCCUCCCUCUGACUCAUGUGAAGAAGAUGCAGGAGGUCUACAACCUCAAUGCCUUUAAGAACUCAGAAAUCUGCUUCAGAUGGUUGAAGUUGUGUGUUCGGUCCAAAUGGGAGGAAGCUGUUCCUCUGGCGCUAAAGAUGGCGACCGAGCAGGGCAGGAUGAAGUUCACCCGGCCUCUCUUCAGGGAGGUCUUUCACUUUGACAAAUACAAAGAAGAAGCUGUCCAGGUGUUCAAGGCUCAUCGGGCGGCCAUGCACCCAGUCACCUCCGCCCUCAUCGCCAAAGACCUGAAGGUGGAGGCCAGCAGCAGUGGUCAGUAGGAGGAGUCCUCAACCAUCACUGCUUUGUUGUCAUGGUUGGAACCAGUUCCUGCAGAAAUAAACUCUGACCUGAACUUGGA